GUGUGUAAAUCGACUCGGAUCCGACAUGAUUUACACAGAAGGGCCGUUUUCAGUAAAUCGACUCAUGAGUCGAUAUACACGCUCCCUUUAAUUUAAGUUCUGAUUUCGAAAGUAAAACAAAUCUGGCUCAGACAUCAACAUCAAGAUGCUCCUCAAACUUUAAACCAUUUAAAUUAUCGCCACUUCUAUACUCCCUUCCGGAACUCGGCCGUCGUCGUCCAUCUUUGGGAGGUCGGAGGCGGAUAGGGGCCGGCCGGUUCGCAUAAUUCUUGUUACAACAUUUUCGGACGUGUGUCAUCGUCAUCUGACAGCUUCUCGAACCAACAUGCCGGGCAAAGAUGCUGAACAGCAGAGGAAGCUCUUCAUAGGUGGACUGGACUACCGUACCACCGACGACAGCCUAAAGGCAUUCUAUGAACAAUGGGGCUCAAUUGUGGAUGUUAUUGUCAUGAAAGAUCCGAGAACAAAGAGGUCCCGCGGCUUCGGUUUCGUCACGUAUGCCGAGCCAGCCAUGGUCGAUGAGGCGAUGGAGAACAGGCCUCAUGUGGUCGAUGGAAGGGAAGUUGAGGCCAAACGGGCUGUACCACGUGAAGAUGUUGGCAAGUCGGCCAACAAUGUCACCGUCAAGAAAAUCUUCAUUGGUGGCAUUAAGGAUGACGUCCAGGAGGACGAUCUGCGCAAGUACUUUGGGGAUUACGGCCAAAUUGCUUCUGUUAAUGUACCAUUUGACAAGAUCACUGGCAAGAUGCGUGGAUUUGCCUUCAUUGAGUUUCAGGAUUAUGACUCUGUGGAUAAGAUUGUCUUGAAGAAAAACCACGAGGUGAAUGGCAAGUUCAUAGACGUGAAGAAAGCCCUGAGUAAGGCCGAGAUGGCUGACAUGGGAGGUGGUGGCUUUGGAGGCCGUGGCGGUGGCCGUGGCGGCGGCGUCGGCGGAUUCCGCGGAGGUCGCGACGGUGGCGGCGGCGGUCGGGCCGGCCCCUGGGGUGAGGGUGGCCGCUCUGGCGGCGGCGGCCGUUGGGGCGGCGGUGGCGGCGGCGGCGGCUAUGGACAUCAGCAGCCGUGGGACAAUGGCAGCCAGUGGAGUCAGGGUCAUGGUGGUUACGGCGGCGGCGGCGGCGGCGGCAGUGGUGGUUACCACAGUGGUGGCUAUAAUCAGGGUGGAGGCUAUGGUCAGCAAGGCGGCAGCUAUGGCCAGCAGAGCAGCGGAUAUGGUCACCAGGGCGGAGGGUACGGCCAGCAAAACGGCAGCUACGGUCAGCAAGGUGGCUACAGCCAGGGGGGCUACGGACAGCAGAGUGGAGGAGGAGGUGGAGGUUAUGACUAUAAUGGAGGUGGCCAAAGCAGCUGGAGUGGCGGCCAAGCUGCGUCUGGCGGGGGAGGCGGCAAUCUGGGCAGUUACAACAACCAGUCAUAUGGAGGAGGCGGCCCAGUCCGCGCAUACAGCCAGUCGGCCCGGUCUGCGCCGUACAGCUCCCAGCGCGGAGGUGGAGGUUACAACAAGUUCUAAGCCUGGUUCUUCUCACUCGGCCCUUAUGUGUAAGUCCAAACGCGUCGACCAUUGGUAUGAUGGUUGCUGCGCAUGUACCAUGAAGGCAUUCUCGGACCUCCCUGCCCUCUGAAACAUAAAAUGUAGGGUCAUUUCACAUAUUGUGUGAGAUGUGUUCAAUUUAUUAUGUUUUGUGUGCAUGAGCCGCACUUUGAAACUUGUGCUUAGAAGGCUCACGUUCCGGUACACGUUCGCACUCUCGACCGUCAUGCUCCGUAUCGCUGUGUAACGCCUGCGCCCUGUCUGUUUUAGGCGAGUUUUAGUUUUGCGUAGGUUGGCUGGUCGGACUAUGAACCCUAGGUAGGGCUGCGUAAGGGAGACCGAGAAGUGCUCGCAAUCCACCUCUCCGAAAGGCGGACGAUGUGCUUGAUGCUCGCCGUCAAGGUGAACGCCACGGGACCUACGGUCUUGGCACACAUUCCGUGCGCUCAGCCAGUCUUAAAACGCGAGUGGGAUCGCGCCCCCAACGCGCGCGUUUGUGUACAAUGUCACGGACACUCGCGCGCACCUAACCGUAUGGAGCGCCGCUGUGACGCGGUUUACGAGCCGCUGUGCCCGUGUCACCGCCACACGGACGCCGCAUCUGACCCUUGAGGCGAGCUUGCGGCACGCCCUCCUCGGCGGCCGCGUGUACCGCUGGUCAUCGUCGUCGAUGAGGUGGAUGCUGGAUGCUAGCCGAGGAACGGGCCACCUCAUCCGCUCGCAGACACAUGCAUUCAUCUUGUACAAAUGAUAAAUAAAUCCACUCAGAACUGUC